GGUGGAUCCAGGGAGUUUAAUCUUAAAGACUCAUCUUUUCUUCUUGCAUUUCUUAUUAAAACUCGACUCUAGGGAGUGGUGUGAGCCAAUCAGCCAUUUUCAUUACCUGUUGCAGCUUCUUGUCUCCAAACCCUGCAGCCACCAUAAACAGGAAGUUUCCUGGUAAAAUGUGAUUAGGAUACACCUGAUUCAUGACCUGUUGGACUGAAGAAGCAGGCUUAGCGUUGUUUACUAGGACUGGAUGUUACACCAUUCCCCACAACAUUCGAGUUUUCAUACACGCUCAAUUUGUAAACCAUGAUCACCAUAAAGGCUUGAAAUAUGUUAUCAGUGUGUAAUGAAUCCAUAUGUACCUAUGUAUUUAUAGUACAGGAUUUCCACUUUCUGACAUGAGUGACGAUUGUGAAAUUAACCAGGAUGUUCUAAUUAUUUUAGCUGUACUUGUAGCUCCCAGAGGGGGGCGCGAAUCCACCUCGCGCACUGGCAGCCAGCCACCAAUAAAAUCCACGAAAAAAGUGCGUGAAUGUGCUUGAGGCUUUUCUGCAGUCAUUACGGUAAUCCUGACAGCAACUCUACGUAAGCGGAUCCUCCGUUUACUGGCGAGAGAGGAGGAAAACACGUCUGGCUAGGAGGAACUAUGGCUGCAGAGAUCCACUCGAGGCCCCAGACCGCCAGACCGGUUCUCUUGAACAAGAUCGAGGGACACUCGGACACCGUCAACGCGGCCGUUUUAAUUCCCAAAGAAGAUGGAGUGAUCACAGUCGGCGAGGACAGGACCAUCCGAGUGUGGCUGAAAAGAGACAGCGGACAGUACUGGCCGAGCAUCUACCACACCCUCUCCUCGCCCUGCUCCUGCAUGUCCUACCACCACGACAGCAGACGCAUCUUCAUCGGUCAGGACAAUGGAGCGGUGGUGGAGUUCCUCAUCUCUGAAGAUUUCAACAAAAUGAAACAUGUCAAGACGUACCCAGCCCAUCAGAACCGCGUGUCAGACAUGGUCUUCUCCAUGGAGAGUGAGUGGGUGGUGAGCACCGGCCAUGACAAGAGCGUGAGCUGGAUGUGCACCCAGAGUGGAAGCAUGUUGGGGAGGCACUACUUCAACUCCUGGGCCUCCUGCCUGCAAUAUGACCAUGAGACGCAGCACGCCUUCAUCGGUGAUUUCUCCGGACAGAUCACGCUGCUGAAGCUGGAGAAGCAGACCUACUCCACCAUCACCACCCUGAAGGGUCACGAAGGCAGCAUAGGAGCCCUGUGGUGGGACCCUGUGCAGAGGCUGUUGUUUUCAGGGGCCUCGGAUCACAGCAUCAUCAUGUGGGACAUCGGAGGUCGUAAGGGACGAACGCUGCUGCUGCAGGGCCAUCACGAGCGCGUUCAGGCCCUGCGGUAUCUCCAGUUCACCAGGCAGCUGGUGUCGUGUUCGGCCGACGGAGGCAUCGCCGUAUGGAACAUGGACACGCAGAGGGAAGAGGCGCCUCAGUGGCUGGACAGCGACUCGUGUCAGAAGUGUGAGCAGCCUUUCUUCUGGAAUAUCAAGCAGAUGUGGGACACAAAGACCUUAGGACUCAGACAGCAUCACUGCAGGAAGUGUGGUAAGGCUGUAUGUGGGAAAUGUAGCUCCAAACGCUCCACCUUCCCGAUCAUGGGCUUCGAGUUCCCUGUACGUGUGUGUGAUGCCUGUUUUGACACCAUCAAAGAAGAAGAUCGAACGCCGCUGGCCACGUUCCACGAGGGGAAACACAACAUCGCCCACAUGGACAUGGACCCAUCCAGAGGCCUGAUGGUCACCUGUGGAAGCGACCGGAUUGUUAAGAUCUGGGAUAUGACACAGGUGGUUGGCCGUAGCUUAGCAACAGGCUUUUCCCCGCGCUGAUUGGACCAGCCCACUACAUGGCAACCCCACUCCCACCUCUUCCAGUGUCAUGGAAACCCUCUGUACAGUCCUCCCCCGCAUCACGCCCAGGUCCAGCGUGACGGCCAGGCCUGUUGUCACUGUGUGUGUGUGUGUGUGUGUGUGUACAUGGACACACACAUCUGUCUACAUCCCUUUUGCUUCUCAUAACAAACAUAACUAAGUGAAAGUCUUACAGAGUUUGACUGAUUUAGGCAUUUUGCUCUGAUCUCAAACUGAACCCUAAGCACAAUGAGGUGUGUGUGUGUGUGUGUGUGUGUGUGCGUGUGUGAGCAUGUGUGUACUUGUGCGUGUAUAUUGUCUUGCUUUCUCCCAUGGGAGGAAUGGUAUUGAUAUUAGUGUUUACACAGAGUAUAUCCAGCGGUUCUUCAGACUAAGGUUUUUUAUUACCCUGCACUGUAAAACUACAGCUCACCAUUACUGACCUUCAUUUCUGUAAAUAUAAAUAUGUGCUCCUCCUGCCCCCCCCCCCCACUGUGGCUCACUCACAGCGUCACACUCGCUUGGAUGAAAUAAAUCACCUGCUUCGUGUGUAAAGGAGACCCCCUCCCCUCUGAAGUGUGCUUCUGUGUAAAAGUCAUGAGUAAUAACUCUUUUUGUGGUCAGCAGCUUGAAUGACCUCAGUUUGGAGAAAUAAGGGCCAAGUCCUUCUGGACUGAUGAGCUAACAGCUAGUCUGACCUCAGCUAAGACCAGCGCUUCUGUCUUAGCGUGAUCUCAGGUCAGUGUGACGUCAUCUUAUGAAUGUUUACACUCCUGCCAACUUGAAAUGACAGGAUUAUUAAUAUGUGCUUAUUUAGAAGUGUAAAAAAAAACCCGCAGCAGGUAAACUGGGCCUUUGGGGAGAUGUUUCUGCUGAAAUAACAUUUGUAAUUCAGGAGUUUGGAGCUGUUUUAAUGAGGCAGAAUUACAUUUGAGCUGUUCUCAGACCUGCUUUUUGCUCACCUGUGCUGAAGGACGUAACCUUCAUUCACGAGGCCAGUCAGGAGCUUAGCUGUGGUGUUGGAUAGUAAUCACUGCUCACGUUUACACAGAAACCCCCUUUACCUUCUUGUUCACUAGCUGGCCUUAACUCACCUACUCAGGAGGUCGUCUCUGGGAUCGGCUCGGAUGAUGUCGGUCCUGUUGUUAAUGUGGAAUCACUGCAGAGGCAUCUAGUAACUGUGAGGUUCAUUAAACUAGAUCCGUAACAGGGAAUGAGAUCAUUAAAACAGUUGGAACAAUAAACAAAUGUAAUAAAAGCCCCCCCGAUGUGAAGGAGAUGAAUGUUGCUGCCACGUUGUUUCGAUGCACUCGCAGUGACUCCGCCUCCACCUCAUCAUCUGGACUGAGACGAGGGGAAAUUGGGAUGCGUUACCAUAGUAACCAUCACAGACAGCAGCGGCCGUUCUGAGGUGUUGCUCAUGAAUCUGCAUUCUGAGAUGGCGACUGUAGUUUGUUGAAGCAUCAAGAGAAAUUUCAUGAGCAAAUAAAACAUUAGUUGGGUCGUCAGGAUAAAGAAGGAUCAAUAAUACUUGAUUUGCGACUUUAAUUUGGUUUCCUGACCCCUAAAAGUGUCGGCAGGGUCCUCCUCCUAACCGUAGCUCUAACCGCUCGUGUUUGUGGUGUCCGUGUUCCCGCCAAGGCCUUAAAGGGGACACGCUACCGGAGCCUUCCACUCUCAUCACUGCGCUUUACAUUCUGCUGUCUCCUCCUCCUGCUUCACUCUUCUGUGCAUCAAGGCAGUCUGAGCAUCCCCGCCGGCACAAGUCGUAGUUUUCUGUAGGAUUAGAAACCUUUUGUAUGAUUUAGAUAACGUAGCGCUCCUGUAAAUAACAGCUGAAAUCAUCGGAGCUUGCCUUAUUGUUAGAGGGAAUUAUUGAUUUUUGAAAUGUAGUCACAUUCCAGUUCCUGGAUCACGUCUAUAGAAGUAGAAUAUGUUGAUGUCACUGUGCCCAUGUAGAGCUGAUUGCUGUUGAUUUGGAACAUGCUGCAUCUUUUUGGAGUAAAUUCUGUUGACGAGCUGAAACGGUGUCAUUUAAACAUGGACUGGUACUGACUGGUUAAUAAAGUCGACGCAGAACCGUGUCUGUUGUGUUGGAGGUGGGACAGGAAGCCGAUGGCAACCAUUAAACCUCGGUGACACGAAUGGACCUACGGUGCUUGUUUACGAAUCCCUUCUGUUUUUGUCCCUGAAAUGUUUCAGACGCUUGUCUGAGGCAACGAUGACCUGAGUCUUCACAUGAUGAUCUCUUAAUGUAAGGCACAAGUCUAACCAAACCAACCUGGUUCUGUGUGAACAAGUUACUCACCCACUUGUUAAAUGAGGAAUAAACGGUGACAAACCACAAUCUUUAUAAAGCGGAGACCCGUAGGGUUAAGAAUAGAACCUGUCUGAUGACAAGAAGGCUAAAAGAUCUCAAAGCAGCACAUCUUGUCCUUUUCUAUAAAAACUAGAGAGCUGAAGAACCCAGAGGUCAAAGGCCAAAACAACUGAAAGUCCUGUCAGUUCCUAAUAACACUGUCGACUGUUCCAUCUGGAGUCAGACUUAAGGGUCAGUCAGACACAGUGGUGGUAGUGUGAUGGUCUGGGGCGGUGCUUCUGGACUGGAUCACCUGCUGUAACUGAUGGAACCAUGAAUGCUGCUGUCCAGCAGAACGUCCUGACCUUAAACAGGCAGGAGAACCCUCUGAUGGGGCUGACUUCAGACAGUUCCUUAGAGAAGAGCAGGACUAAACUCCUCCACAGAGACGCAUUGGACUAAAGAAAACAACCAGUUGGGAGACAAAUAUUUGUUCACGUGUCCAUGUUGGGAAGCCUCUCUUUCCAGCAGAUACUAGGCUGAUUAAAUGGAAACCAUCACGGUACUAGAUGUGUUAGACUUGCCUUAAAGGUGACAGAUAUAAGUUGUUGUCUAAAGGUUUAACUUAAAUCCUACGUUUGUGUGAACAUGGAGCACAGCAGCGUCUUCAGGGUUGCGUGCUGCAAGAGUUAAAAUGGUUUAGAUAAACCAGUCUGAUGGGUACUGGAAGUCUCGUGUUACCAUUUCUUCCUGUUUAAGUUCAGCGCCGCGCAAACCCUUCAGAUGAACUGGAUUUGUUCUUGUUUUCCAAAUAAAUGAACAGGACAUGCUGACAUAAACCAUGAGUUCCAUUUGAAUAGAAAUGACAAUGAACUUUUGUUUUCAGCUAAAUAAACAAAACUAACACAUUUUCCAGUCAUAAGAAGUUCUUCAAGGGUUAGGGUGAGAUUUCACCUCAUGAUUCCUGGAUUGCCCCCUGAGACGGGGCUGGAUGCUGUCCUGGUUUGGUUUGUUAGGUAAAAUACAAAAAAAUGACGAUGUAGCUGAUGAAUGGUUAAACUUUGUGCUCUUUAAACAUUCCAUUAUUUAGUCACACCUUCUGAAUCACAUUUUCGUCCUUCUGAAGGCAGAGCACAUCUAGUUUGUUCAUUUUAGAAAGUCAGUGGGUAAAGAUGGCAGAACGAGGGCAAAACACUCCAAAAAGCCUUGAUGGUUUUCAGUCCUGACCAUCACAUGGUCCGUUGAACAGCAUCCUUAAGCAUAAACUAUCCAGACAUUUAUAUAUUUUUGGAGACUCAGGCCCUGUCCACACGUAGCCGGGGAUCUGCCAAAACGUAGAUAUUUUUCUACGUUUUGGCCUGUCAUCCACACGAAAACGGGAGUUUUUUCACACGAAAACGGAUCUUUUUAAAAACUCCGGUCGAAGUGAAGAUCUGCGUUUUCUCCGUUUUGGGUGUCUGCGUGUGGACGGACAAAACCGGAGUUUUAAGGUCCACAGCGUCACUUUCCGCGACAAAAAAAUGCUUACAUCACAUGUGCGACCUGUGUUUACACUAGCCGGCAUCAUGGAAGCCCUCAGAGCUGCGCUCUGUCACUACCCGAUCCAUCAAUUGUCCAAGCGCUUUUUGCUUGUUUGUUUUUGCAAGCGGAGCUCCUUGCGGAAGACCACAGACGAAGGAUGAGGUUAAGAACGGGGGAAGUACUGCCGCCUACAGGUCUGGCAUGUCCUUAACAACGUAUUUAUCCGGGUACGUGUGGACAGAGUUUGUUUUUAAAACGCGGUGGUGUGGAUGCAAGCUUUUGGAGGGGCGGAUAUUCGUUUUUAAAAAACCCCGGCUAUGUGUGGACUAGGCCUCAGACACCCAUGGCAGCUUUUCGCUGCCUUUAUAGCAGCCCUCUUUGGUUUUGUUUGUGUAAGGUAGUUUAUUAGCUGUUAUCAACGUGUUUUGAAUUGUCUGUGAAAACAUUUGUUUGGUGUUUAUCCGGGGCUUCAGUGGAAAACAAAGACAUUUCCAGACGAGAUCAGACGUUUGAGCGGUGCUGCAUUUGGACUGAGCUAAUGUGCAACAGUGGAUCAGGACUCAUUCUGACCCAAAGCAUCAUAGAACCUCAUCACAAAGUGCUGUCGGAUCUGCAGGGUCAUUAGUGAUGCUACAGGAGUCGGAACGUUUCCUCUCACUGGACGUCCAAGUCUCUUCCAGUCAUUAUGUCUUAUCGGGGGGGGGGGGGGGGCUGCUGUUUGCAGGAAGAGCUCAACCAAUAGAUCUUCAGAUUGUCCACAUGUCCCAGGAAGUAAGCAGUUGGUUCCUUUUCUGCACAGUUACCGUAGAGGUUCCGUGACACAACAAGCCCCAGGAUGAGUAAAUAAGUCUUAAAAAACGACUCGUGUUCUCCUUCUGGCACAUUAUCUCAUGCCUGUUUUAUUGGAACUGCUUGUUAAUGUAACCUGCCCCCCCAACAAGAUUGUUAUUAUAUAUCUGCAAAAAACUGUAUUUUUAAAAGUUUUUGUUGACGUUACAGGACCAACCUAACGCUCUGUGUUCUGAAACCAGAGCACAGGGAGGAAGAAUGAUGCCUAAUAAAAUAAUUUCAUAUGCA